AUGGCGGAUGACACCGCAGCCACCGAAGCCGUCCCCCAGUUCGGCUUCAAGAAACGCGCCAAAGGAAAGGCAAGUUUCCGCAAGAAGCCUGCAACGCCUCCACCCGCCUCCGACUCCGACUCCGGCUUCACCUCCUCCGAUGACGACGACGAAGGACGCCGCAUCAAGAGACGGCGCAAGAAUGUCGCAGUCACUGCCUCUUCCACAAACACCACCAGGCGAGAUCCGACCGCUGAUCAGCCUUCCACUGCUGGCCCCGUUGCCUUAACAUCGAGUAAUGAUGCAACGAAAGCUUCAGAUUGGUAUGACGAGGAUCUCAGUUCAAACAAUCUUCUAGGGUCAACUCGUUCUCGCCCACAGCCCUCUACAGAGGAGUCGGGGCCAGAUGGUACAUACAAAGGAAGCGCGAAUUACACAUCAUUCAUCCAAAAGAAUCCUGAUGCGCCAACCAAGAAGUUCGGCCCCAUCAAGGCUCCUCCCUCGAACGUUCGAACCGUGACCGUUAUGGAUUACGCCCCAGAUGUCUGUAAGGACUGGAAACAAACCGGAUACUGUGGAUUUGGAGACUCUUGCAAAUUCUUACAUUCGCGUGAGGUAUAUGCGCAAGGAUGGGAGUUGGAUCGGGAUUGGGAAAUUGGCACAAAGGGCAAAAAGCUGAAGGGCAAGGUUAUGUCGCAGCGGGGAGAGGGAGAGAAGGAAGAGGAUGAAGAUGAAGAUGAAAUGCUGGAACAAAUUCCAUUCGCUUGCAUCAUUUGUGAGAAGCCUUACCAACACCCCAUCGUUACGAAAUGUGGGCAUUACUUCUGCGAGUCAUGUGCGCUGCAACGGUACCGGAAGAACCCGUCCUGUGCGGCAUGCGGGGCAGGUACCGGCGGUGUAUUCAAUGUCGCCAAGAAGCUCAACGCUCUGCUUGAGAAAAAGCGAGAGCGGGCGCAAAAGUUGCGGGAGAAGGCCAUUGAAGAAGGAGAGGAAGUCAGUGAUGAGGAAGAGGAGAAUAGCUAA